GCAUGGAGGGUCCGCAAGAGCCGAGCUCUGAGGCGGUCCUGCGCUUUCUCGCCGAGCGCGGGGGCCGGGCCCGACACUCGGAAUUGGUGCAACACUUCAGGGGCGCCCUGGGUGGCCCGCGCGAACAGCGCACCCGCGCCCGGGAACACUUCAAGGAGCUAGUCAACGCGGUGGCUACUGUGCGCACCGAUCCCGCGGAUGGUACCAAGUAUGUGCAUCUCAAGAAAAGGUUCUGUACGGGGGACCCCCCUCUCCAUGAGGCCGCGCUACCCCGGGACCCCCCGCGUAUCGAGGUGACUGAGGAGGAGGAGCCUGAAAUCCGGCCGCUUGCAGAGGAACCAUGCGAGGGCAGCCAGAUCCAGAAAGAGACAGAUCCAUCACAGUUGUCUCUCGGACUGGGUGACGAACUGAGCGAUCAGGAGCCUUUGGCUCCUGCUCAAGGAGGGGCGCAGAGUAAGGACUCGCAACGGGAGGUCCAGGCGGCGUCCUGGGCGUCGUGCCCGGCGCCCAGCGAGAACCUUAAACUCCCUCCACACGGAGGUGAGGAGGCUGAAGGGAGCAGUUCUCCUCAUGGGCCAAAUGCGCCGAGAUCGGCCCGUCAGAACUUUCGGGACCUGGUGAUGAUGGGCAGCUCCCCGCAACUAAAGCGAAGCGGGGGUCCGGGGGACGGUAGCGCUGGGAGCUUCUCUGCAGGGGGUCGCAGCAGAGGAGGGGGCGACUCUGAUAGCGCCUCGUUGGCCUCGUCCUCCGCAGAAGAGGAGAGUACCGGCGGGGGCUCGGUUACGCUGGAUCCUCUCGAGCACGCCUGGAUGCUCUCGGCUUCGGAGGGUAAGUGGGACAGCCUGGAAGGGCUGCUCGCCUGUGAGCCUGGGCUGCUGUCGAAGCGAGACUUCAUCACAGGCUUCACCUGUCUCCACUGGGCCGCCAAGCACGGCAGGCAGGAGCUCCUGGCCAUGCUGGUCAACUUUGCCAGCAAACACCAGCUACCAGUGAACAUCAAUGCCAGGUCGAGCGGAGGCUACACCGCCCUACAUUUGGCAGCGAUGCACGGGCACGUAGAGGUGGUGAAGUUGCUCGUGGGAGCCUACGACGCAGAUGUAGACAUCAGGGACUACAGCGGGAAAAAGGCCUCUCAGUAUCUGAGUGAGAGCAUUGCAGAGGAGAUAAAGAACCUGGUGGGAGCCCUGGACGAAGAUGAAGGAGACAGCGCCACGGGCCGCGGGAGCGGGCGCUGGAGACUGUCAAAGGUGCUCCCGUCACACCUCAUCACUUACAAACUCUCGCAGGCCACGGAAGACGGAGCUGAACAUCACCAUCAUCACCACCUCACUGAGAGCUGGGCCGGGAGCAAAGCCAAAGAUUCAAGUCGCAAAGCCUCGGGCAGCUCGAGUGGACGGAUGAAGCCCCGACUCAACAAAAUUCGCUUCCGAACCCAGAUCAUUCACACCACUCCCUCAUUCAAGGAUGCUGAACAGCCGCUGGAGGAAGGGGAGGAGGAGGAAGAGGAAAGGUCUCUUAAAGGCUACUCGGCUUCCUUCAAACUGAGACCGAAGUCCAAUGUAUUUGGGUAAAAAAAUAAUUCGCGCUAGAAAUGCUAAGGUUUAUUUGUCUUCAAGGUAGAAUAAUACUACGUGUGGAUAAGAAGUGGAACCAGAAAGGACAGGAUAAAUUAUGCUUUUUAACUUGCAGGCAUGGGGUGGAGCUGUAGUAAUCCUUUCCAGAUAGCAUUCUGGGGCAAGAAAAUGUCUUUUAAAUGAUUCAUAACACAUUGAUUUGUGCCUCUCUUCCCCCACCCCACGCUUGUAACCUGGAACAUUCGAGAACUAGAAUUGAUUGAUGACUGAGACUCCCUUUGCUAGAUACCAUGCAAAGUAAGGACCAUUUCAAGUCAGAAAACGCAAACUGAACCCGGUAAUGGUCGGAAGUGAACAAAACCACGGGCUGCCCUGACUUUCUACUGUUCGCACUUGCCUAAGGUGCUAAAGAAUGUCAAGGUCAGAGUUGAAAUGUGAAACUACAAAUGAGAAUUAUGUGAAUCGAGAUGGGAACCCUGUUGAUGUCUUACGUGUAAGUAUCGGUUCCCAUUUUUAAAAGCGAAAGGCAAUUUCGCUUUUAGUCACCGAACUGAAGAAAUAAGCAGCAUUUGCUUUUGAGUUACUGUAUUCUGGUUUGUGCCUACAUAAUACUAUUCAGUAUACGGUACAUUAUUAACCACAACUUUUUAAUUUAAAUAGAAGAACACUUAGCAACCUAUGGUACUUUUUUUUAAUGUGUAUGUCUUGAUUAUCACUAACUUGUUUUGCUACUCUUAAAUUCUAAACUUUCUGAGGUUUAUAUUCUAGGGAUUCUUUUUUGAUGAAGCUUACAAUACUUAAAACUGAUUUGCUUAUUACUUAAACUUUCUUGUUUAGAAAAUAGCAAAACUCAGCGUAAGUAUUAAUAAGCCUAUGCUUCUGUGAAGUAAUUAUUAAAUCAACUUAACAUGGUUCUCAUGUCAGAGAUAUUUUAAUUUUAUUAAUACAUUCAUAGUCUCUAUGUUUUGUAACAACAUUUUAUGAAUGUUCAAAAUGCUAAAUCUUUCAUUUUUCUUC